UCCGCCCAUUUAAUCGGUAUUUACCAUGUGUAUGCACACACAUACACUCACCUUGUAUAUAAGUUGUGAACAUCGACUAUCCUGCCUAUCAACUUCAUCUUGAUGAAAAGGAAAAUAAUGAGUCAAUGGAGGGUAUUAUAUACCAGUGGCCUAAGAUGGUGCCAAAGAAGGUAUUUACACAAGACCAUUGCUCGACGAAGUUCUGAAAGUACUCAGCCCUGCAUGAGUGCAAUUAGAAUCCAGAUGUUAUCAGAAAAUCUUCACCAGCAAAUAUUUCCUGAAAGGACACCAGUUGAUCAGGAAAAAGUUAAUCUCUCUCUUGAACACCUCAGAAGACACAACCUACUGCAUGGUACGCCAACUGUAAUACCAGAUGUUAGCUUCAAGCUUCCAAAAUUACAAGGAAGUGAUAUUGAUGAACACUUCCGUAACAUUGCUCAGAGACAAAUAUCGGAUUAUGUUGAAUUCCUUAAUCGACUAAAAAAUACUACUUUACCUCCACAACCAAAUGAGUGGUGCUUUCAUAAAGGUUGGACAAGAUAUGACGCAACCGGUACAGCUACAAGUAUUGAUUAUCCUGACGAAGAAGCUUUAGUAUUUGAUAUUGAGUGUUUGAUGAAUGAUGGCGGCUUCCCAACUCUUGCAACAGCAGCAGGCACCAAAUAUUGGUAUUCUUGGUGCAGUGGUUAUUUAAUUGAAGAUAAAUUUAAAUGGAGUCCCCAACCACAGAUGGAAGACUUAAUUCCUUUGGAGUCAAAAAGUUCACAGAAAAGUAUGAAACAAAAUAUGCUGAAGAAAAGAAUUAUAGUUGGUCACAAUGUUGGCUUUGACCGUUCUUUUGUCAAAGAGCAAUAUUAUAUCAAGGACACAAAACUUCGUUUCUUGGAUACCAUGUCACUUCACAUUGCUUCAGUAGGAUUUACUGCUUUCCAAAGAUCUCUGUAUCAAGCUUCUAAGAAAGCGACAUCUCCAAGUAAAGUCCGAGAACAUUUAGAAAGCAAAAAAUAUAGAAAUGAAGAAAUUAAUGUAAAUUGGAUGGAUGUUGGAACAAUGAACAACCUGAAUGAUGUUUAUCAGUUCCAUUGCAAUGGAGAACCUUUAGAAAAAUCAAAGCGAGAUGUCUUUAUCAAUGGAACUCUCUUUGAUCAAAAUUUUCUUUUCUAGAGCUUGAUGUCAUAUUGUUCCAAAGAUGUUGUUGCUACACAUGAUGUUUUCACAGAACUUUGGCCCAAAUUUCUUAGCCGGUUUCCUCAUCCUGUUACAUUAUCUGGUAUGCUGGAGAUGGGCAAUGCCUACCUGCCAAUUAAUCAAAACUGGGAACUCUACAAACAGAGAGCUAAUGAUAGCUAUAAUGAUUAUCAGAGAGAGCUGAAAUUGUUGUUAAUCCAGCUGGCUGAUUCAGCUUGUGAACUUUUGCAUAAUAAUAGAUAUAAAGAUGAUAUUUGGCUGUGGGAUUUAGAUUGGUCUGUUGCAAAAUUUAAAAUGAAGAAACUUCCAGCUAAGAAAAAAGUUUCAGUUAGUCUUGAUGAGUCAGAUGAUGAAUUUGAAACUGUGUUUCAGAAAAUCCUCUCAACAGCCUCUUCUUUGUACAAACGGCCCACUCACAAACCAGGAUAUCCUGAGUGGUAUCGGAAACUUUGUCCCCGAAUGAAUGCGCCUGACUGGGAGGCAGGACCAUCACUAAUAACACCUCAACUACGAAUCACACCAAAAUUACUCCGUCUUACAUGGGAUGGUUAUCCUGUGCAUUUUGAUGAUAAAUAUGGAUGGGGUUAUCUUGUACCUAAAGACCAUGUUCAUCCUUCUCAACAGUCCAAAGAUACAUCUGCUGAAUGUCCUGAUGUUUUAAUUGUAGAUAACGAGGAAUUUGAAGAUGGAAAUGACGAAGACGAAGGGAAUAUUGAACCAAAAUUUCCUAUUGAGCAAUUUCUUCAACUGUGUAACAACAUGUCCAAGACUUCUGCAUCAUCCACAGUGUUAAAAGAGAAUAUUCAUUCCUGCAUGAACUACAGUGAUGAUAAAUGUAUGGAUGCCAAAGAGAAAAACAAACAUUGGCGAAAAGCUGGAUUUUCGAAGAAUUAUGACAGAAACAGUCAUCCUGCAUACCACACUGGAGAAGGGCCUUUCAUUAUUGAAAAUAUUCCAGUUUAUUUCUUUAAAAUUCCACACAAAGAUGGUAAGAAUAAAAGAGUGGGAAAUAUAUUGGCAAAGGAUUACUUAAAGAAAGUUACAGAUGGCACAUUAAGGGCUUCUGCUGGUGGUGAUUAUGCUAAUGCUGUGCUCCUUAUUAGCAAGUUGUGCUCUUACUGGAAGAAUAACCAGAAAAGAAUUGAGUCACAAAUGGUUGUUUGGGCAAAGCACAGUGAACUUCCUCCUGCAGUUAUUAGGAACAAAGAAUAUUCAGUUGUUAAGCAGUAUGGUGCCAUUGUACCUCGGAUUAUUCCAGUCGGUACUGUUACUCGACGUGCUGUUGAACCAACAUGGCUGACAGCCAGCAACGUUUUUAAAGAUCGUAUUGGAAGUGAACUAAAAGGAAUGGUGCAAUCACCACCUGGGUAUUGCUUUGUUGGUGCUGAUGUGGAUUCUCAGGAGCUGUGGUUAGCAUCUCUAAUUGGGGAUUCCUUUUUCACUCAGUUGCAUGGCUGCACUGCCUUAAGUUGGAUGACACUGCAAGGUAAAAAAUCUGAAGGAACAGACAUGCACAGCAAAACUGCAGAAUUGGUUGGUAUCAGCCGAGACCAUGCCAAGGUUUUCAACUAUAGCCGGAUCUAUGGAGCUGGUCAUAAAUUUGCAGAACAGCUCUUGUUACAGUUUAACCACCGGUUAAGCUAUCGUGAAUCACAGUCUAAGAUUAAGAAGUUGUUUACAGCUACAAAAGGAAAUAGAGACCCUGAGACUGGAAGUUGGGUUGGAGGCAGUGAAAGCUUCAUGUUUAACAAAUUAGAGGAAAUUGCCAGGGAUGCUCAACCAGUGACUCCAGUUUUGGGCUGUCGAAUCAGUGAAGCAUUAGAACCAAAGCAAGUUUCUGGGGAUUUUAUGAACAGCCGGAUCAACUGGGCAGUUCAAAGUUCAGCUGUCGAUUAUCUUCAUUUGAUGCUAGUCUCCAUGAAAUGGCUUCUGGAAGAGUAUUCAAUUGAUGGUCGUUUUUCCAUUAGUAUUCAUGAUGAAGUACGUUACCUGGUACGCCGAGAAGAUCGCUAUCGGGCAGCUUUAGCACUGCAAAUCACCAAUCUCUUUACACGCUGCAUGUGUGCACACAAACUAGGAAUUCCAGAUUUACCACAGUCUGUAGCCUUCUUCAGUGCUGUUGAUAUUGACACGUGCCUUAGGAAAGAAGUGGAUUUAAAUUGUGUAACUCCUUCUAACCCUCAUGGACUGGAAACUGGUUAUAAUAUUCCAUUUGGUGAAUCAUUGGACAUUUAUAGUGUGUUAGAGAAAACCAACUCAUCUUUGUCACCCAAAAGAAGCCGCCAAAAGUCUCAGAAUAACAUUAUCCAAAAGAUAUCAAAACAAGCUGUACAGAUAUGAGGAAUAAAAUUGUAUAUUUUUUGAAAA